AUGCUUCCAAAAAAAUCAGUUCGAAGAAUUCAUCUACAUCAUCUCGUCAACCAAUUCCUAGGACUAAUCCAAAUAAGAUGGAAUGUCUUUAUCAAUAUGCUGUUGAAAAUGGCCUUGAUUCCGAGAAAUUUUCGGUCAUUACUAAGGCUGAGAAAGAUAAGUGGACUAUGAGAUGCUUCCGCGAUAACUUAGAAAGAGAUAUACGAUUCUAUCGUGGUGGAAUAGAAAGGCAGGAAGAUACUAGAAAAUAUCAUAAAUUUUUAACAGAUCGGGGUAGGCUAAUCAGAGAAGAGGUAUUACGUCGCAGUAUAUUAAAGAGUGGUUUAAGUACUACAUGGCUAGACGAUCUGAUGAAAGAAUGA